AUGACCGAUGUCGAGAAAAAGGCUUACAUCGACGCUGAGCUUUGCCUCCAGAGCAAAGCCCCGAAGCUGGGCGUGGAGGGCUCUCAGAAUCUUUGGGAUGAUCUGAUGUACGCCCACAUCUAUCAAGCCAACGUCAUCCACAACGACGGCCCCUUUUUGCCCUGGCACAGACUUUACAUGCGUGUUCACGAGGUCUACCUUCAGACUGAGUGUGGUUAUGAGGGAGGCCAACCGUACUGGAACGAGCUCGAGGACGCCGAAGCUGGUUUCUUGAACCAGUCUACCGUCUUCGAUGCGGAAACUGGAUUUGGAAGCUUCAAGAAUGGCGAAAAUGGCUGCGUUGCCGACGGACCUUUCGUCAACCUGACGAUGCACCUGAACCAGACGAGCAACAACGCCAACUUCUGCCUCACCCGCGACUUGGACCAGGACAGCUUCUACCAGGCCAACAGCACCUACGUCAACGAGUGCAUGGCGAUCGACACCUACGUCGACUCUUGGAACUGCUGGGGCACCGCCCCUCAUCUUGCCGGCCACAUGGGCGUCGGCGGCACGAUGCUGGACGUUGUUUCCAGCCCUGGUGACCCGCUCUUCUUCCUCCACCACACGAACCUCGACCGUCUCUGGUGGGAGUGGCAGUCCGUCAACUUGACUGCGCGUCUCAACGAGAUUGGCGGACCUGUCGUCGCUUCUGAUGCAUUCCUGGAGAUGUCCAACCUUGAAUAUCCCGGUGCUGACCUCCUUGAUUACAACGGCGAGAACGGCGGCAACGUGACCACCAUGGCGCACAACCUUUGGACCGCGGGCCUGCUGCCCAACAUCACCAUUGCGGAUCUCAUGGAUGUCCGUGGUCCCAUCAGCUGCGCCAUCUAUGUUUAG